UCGAGCUCCGCUGCAAACCAAGCAGUCACGCAGACGGGGACCGUGUGGAUCUGUGGAAAGUCCCUAGAUAACAACGCGACUUUAACAACCUCAUUUGGACUUUGGGAUGUUUUAUUGGACCCUACUGGAUGGGCUUUUCCUCUUGUUCAAGUACAAGCAGGACCUCGGUUUGAGAUAGGGCGACAGAGCCGUUUUACAUUUUCUCCAUUUUUUUAUUGUUCUUUUUAUUUGCGCCACGACAGCAAGCUGGACUACUCGUUUGAUACAGGAAUGGUUUAUCUUCCUGAAGGGUUAUUCUACAUUGAAAUGGAUCCAGCACCACCAGCGCUCCCUCCUCGGUCAACAAAGCCAGUGUCUUCCACCAUGAACAACAACUGCCUUUGCCCACCUGCGUAUUCUCUGCAGGAAGCUGAAUGGUAUUGGGGUGACGUAACCAGGGAUGAGGUCAACGAGAAGCUCCGCGACACUCCCGAUGGCUCCUUCCUGGUGCGUGACGCAUCCACAAAACUGCAAGGCGACUUCACACUUACGUUGAGGAAAGACGGCCACAACAAGCUGAUCAAGAUAUACCACCGUGACGGAAAGUAUGGGUUCUCCGACCCGCUCACGUUUACUUCAGUGGUGGAGCUGAUUUGGCACUACCAGCACCAUCCGUUGGUGGAGUACAACGCAUCGCUGGAUUUGAUGCUCACCUAUCCAGUGUCACGACUACAACAGGUCAAAGAAGACAGUGUGGACGUCGCUGGGCGGAAGCUGAAAGAAGUCCACUGUCAGUACCAGGAGAAAUCUAAGGAGUUUGACCGUCUGUAUGAAACCUUCACAAAGACCUCCCAGGAGAUCCAGAUGAAGCGAACCGCUAUUGAGGCCUUCAACGAGACGAUGCUCAUAUUUGAAGAGCAAUGCCGAGAACAGGAGCGGUAUGGCGAGGAGUUCGAGCGGAACAAUCCAGCGGACGGCCCAGACCAGGACCUGGAGAGUUUUCUGAUCAACUACGAAAAGCUGAAGUGCCGUCUGGUGGAGAUAUAUGACAGCAAAAUCCAUCUGGAGGAGGAUUUGAGGACUCAAGUGGAGGACUACAGAGAGACUGAUAGAAAAAUGAACAGCUUGAGGCCUGACCUUAUUCAGCUACGCAACAUCAGAGAUCAGUACCUCAACUGGCUCAACCACAAAGGUGUGCGCCAAAAACGCAUCAACGACUGGCUCGGCAUUCUGAACGAAAGCCUUGAUGACACGUACGUGUUGAAAGGUGAUGAGAAGAACUUGCCACAUCAGGAUGAGACAAGCUGGUUUGUGGGUGAGCUGAGCAGGACACAAGCUGAGGAGAUGCUGGAGGGUAAAGCUUCUGGAACGUUUCUUAUCCGGGAGAGCAGCAAGCAGGGAUGCUACGCUUGCUCUGUUGUCGUGAAUGAAGAAGUGAAGCAUUGCAUGAUCUACAGCACGCCACAUGGCUACGGCUUUGCCGAGCCCUACGAUGCCCACUGCUCCCUUAAAGACCUUGUCCUGCACUAUCGCCUACACUCCCUAGUGCAACACAACGAUGCCUUGGAUGUCCGACUGUCGCAUCCAGUGCAGGCCAAAUCGCCCGCCGCACCUUCACUCAAUGCAGAGGAGCACAAACUCUUACAGACUCCGAAACACACAGCAAGGCUGUCGCCAGCUGCUCCGGAAAUGUAAACCAACAGAGAGAUAUAAAGAGGACAUGUUUACUGUAUCCUGCAAGAACGACUGCAUUGAGGUGCAUUGUGAACAUUUUUGCACUACAGUGAUUCCAUCAGUUUUUUGUGAACACGUUCACAAAUUGAAGUGGGACCGGAACUUGAAUGUUUUUUUGUUUUUUUUUGGAGAGACAUUUUAAUAUUUUGGAGGAAGAAAAAAAGUACUUUGUUUAUUGCCGUUUGACUUAACUGACAUCUUCUUAGCUCACUGACAUUAGGUGCUGCCUCUUUGUUUGUGUUCUAGAGAUGUUCAAUUGAAAUAUAUAGUUACCACUACUUGGUGCAGUUUGAAGGGGAAACGGUGCUCUUGAACAGCUUUUUUCCCGUUAAAUUUGUAGACCACCAUUAUUUGGGUUCAUUGCCAAGUGUGAAUAUGUGACAUUGUUGUGGAAUCUGGCAACUUUCCCCUGUCUUAACAAACGUGCAUUUACAGUGGAUAUUAUGUAGCAUUAACAUCCUGUAGAAUGCAAUUGUCAAAGUAUAAUCAAUGUUUCAUCCAUUGACCAAAGCACUUAAUAGUGAGCAAAAAUACACCCCUUUCAGUCCAGACUAUGUAUCCUGGCAGGGGGGAGACCAUUUAUUUUACACCUGCUGAUGUGCUGAUCAAAACAUAAUCUGAAGUACUGUACGUUAUAUUCUGUUACUUAAAGAAGUAUAAGCUUUUUGUAUUCUAUAUAUAUAUUUUCUAUAAACACGCCACAAGAUGAAAGCUUGAAGAACGUGCAAUCCAACAGUAUUUCUAUUGUUGCAAUGUAUGAGGAUGAUGGUGGUAGUAGUGAAGGUGACGCUGUUAUGAGAGGCUGGCAUUAGCCGCAAAAAAACAAAAAAAAAUAAUGCACUCGCUUUGGUGGUGUCGGUAUGAUGUGGCCUCCUAUGUUUGUGUGAACUGCCAGAGGUCCGGAAGUAUCCUGCCUCCAUUACUUGAACUGUGGCAUUUGCUCAAGCUACGAAUGUUUUUCAUGACACGCAGCCUACAUAGCUUAAGAGGAAAGGAAUCCAUGUUGAACUUGGCACAUUUUUCAAGUUUAAGAACAAUAGAUACUCUGUACAGAGAAGCUGUAAAA